AAUAAGAGAAAAAAUCAGUCACUAAAUUAAGACACACUGGGGUUUUAGACCACACAGUACAGUUAGCAGGAAGAGGAACUGCUUGAGCUGCUACAGACACAGUGACAACUUCUCAGAGAAGCAGGACGCAAGAAAACUCUCACAUUUUAUUCAACAUCAGAACAAAUCUAACAUGAGCUGCUUUUUCAUUUUUAUUCUCUUCACUUCCAGUGUUGGCAGUCAGGCAUCGAGGCAGUUUAGUUUUAAAACUGGAGCAUCUGUCACCAUCCCGUGUCGUUAUGAUAGGACAUAUAUACAACAUAAGAAACACUGGUGCUUUGACGCUCCUGCAGCAUACAAUUACUGCAAAAUUCAGGCGUAUGCCAAUGAGACACAGGGGAAAGUGACAGUGACUGAUAACCCAGCUGAGAGUCUCUUUACUGUGACUAUGAAUAAUCUCCAGACAGAAAACACUGGAACGUACUGGUGUGUUGUAGAGAUAGGUGGAAUAUUCGAUCUAGAUGUUAAAGAACAACUUCAUAUCACAGUGAAAUCAGAUCCUGAUCUGUCUGUGAUGGAGAGCAGAGUGAGUGGUGAGGAAGGAGGCAGCGUCACAGUCCAGUGUCUCAACAGCGCUGCGUAUCGGAAUAAACAGAAGCAGUGGUGCAGAUUUAUAGACAGCCGCUGCAACAAUAUGGGGAGGACUGCCACAUCCCAUAAUUCAGCAGUGAACCUCAGUGAUGAUGGGAGAGGAUCCUUCAGUGUGCAGAUGAGUGGACUGAAGAAGAGUGAUGCUGGCUGGUACUGGUGCAGUGCAGGAGAUCUGCAGGUUCCUGUUCACAUCAGUGUCGGUGAUCCACCUCCAGGUAUUAUCACAUACACUGACCUCUACUUUAACAAAUGAAAAUCACACUGAUUAUUUUUCUUUUUCUUAGUUGUGACUACAGCACUGACUACAACCCCUCACCAUGCCAGUA